AUGGACGCCGCCGGUGCCGGUGACGACGCGGGAGUUGAACCGACUGAAGAAGAACCGAAAAAGGCGCUCACGAACCGCGGCCUUCGCCGAGCGGCGGAACACGCCGAACGCGAAAAGAGAAUUCUCGAGAGAGAGCGUCGCAAGCGCGGGCUCCCGGUGGACGCGAAACCCGGCGGGAAACACGUCGUCGCCGCCGGGCAUCAGUUUGGCGCGUUCGAGAAGCACACGUCCGGGUUUGGGUCGAAGAUGCUACGCGCGAUGGGGUACCAAGGCGAAGGCACCGGCGUCGGGCCGGGGGGCACGGGCAUCGCGGAGCCGAUCGCCGCGGAGAUGCGGAAAAAACGCGUGGGCCUCGGCGCGGAGAACACGAAGAAGAGUCGUACACGUAGUUGA